UCUGAUUGGAUACUUAUAUGAAUUUAUACGCGUGUAUGUAUAUGUGUUAUUGACUGAUAUAUAAAAUAUAAAUAGAUUUUGAAGUUCGCAACAAGCAUUGACUAAGGAUAUAACUAGUCAUUGCUACGAGCUUCAUCCCUUCUUAUCAUAUUUCUAGGUUAGGUCUAUAUAUAUAUAUAUAUAUGUAUUUUUGUUAGUGCUGCAAUCAGUCUGAAACAGGUGGUAGAUACAAUUAAAUUAAAGAAGUAUUUUCAUUGAAAAUCUUUUUUGUUCAACAAUGAAUUUAGAAGCUUUUUGUCAGUCCUUACCAAAACUGGAACUUCAUGCUCAUCUGAAUGGAUCAAUGAGUACAAAUACUUUAGAAAAAUUAUAUAAAAUGCAAAAUCCUAAUUUAGAAGAAGAUAAAAAUGUAGUUAUGAAUAUUGAUAAUUUCUCAUCAUUAAGCGAGUGUUUUAAAGUAUUUGAUAUAGCACAUUCAUUAACAGUAACACCGAAAGCUGUGUUUUGUUCUACUUAUGAAACGAUUAAGGAAUUCAAAGAAGAAAAUGUAAUAUAUUUAGAACUUAGAAGUACACCUCGUGCUAUCAAUGGGCAAAUGACAAAACGAGAAUACGUGGAAUCUAUUAUAGAAGCAUUUCGGAAAUGCGAAGUAGAUUUUCCAAGCAUACUUGUAAAGUUACUGAUAUCUGUUAAUCGUAAACAAGGGUAUGAAAUUGCGAAAGAAAAUGUAGAAUUGGCUAUAGAGUAUUUUAAGAAAUAUCCCAGAUACAUUGUAGGACUUGAUCUUAGCGGAGAUCCAAUGACAGGUGAUCCAUUUUUAGAAUUAUUAGAAAAAGCUAGAACAGCUGGUUUAAAAGUUUCGGCUCAUUGUGCAGAGAUUUCAAACGAAACAGAAACGGUGGAUAUUCUUGAAUUUAAGCCAGAUAGAUUAGGACAUUGUACUUGUAUUCAUCCAGAUUUACAAGGAUCAGUUCGACUGUUCGAUAUGCUUCUUAAUUCAAAAAUUCCUGUAGAGUUAUGUUUAACAUCAAACGUUCAGUGUAAAACAGUACCAUCUUAUGCGUUCCAUCAGUUCAAAUAUUUGUACGAAGCUGGACAUCCUGUUUGUCUUUGUACAGAUGAUAAAGGCGUUUUUCGUACGUCUUUAUCGCGAGAAUACGAAAUAGCUGGUACAACGUUUGCUCUGUCGCGCAAAGAUCUCGUGAAUCUCUGUAUGUCGUCUGUGCAGUAUGCAUUUGCGACAUCAGAAGAAAAAAACAUUUUAUCAUCGAAGAUUGAAAUAUUUGAUCGUAAUGUACGCGAUGUUAUAAAUUAAGGUUUGAAUA